AAGGAAACCAGAUAAGUGCAGACAUUCGUAGUCAAGUCCACUCCUCUCCUCAAUAUCUCAACUGAAUAAUCUGUUCAUCAUGCCCAAGACAGUCGAAACAGUGGAUCUCUCCCACACCGCAGGCCUCUACUACGGCCCUGCCACAAUUUCCAGUGGAAAAGUGCUGCACAUCUCCGGCCAGCCAGGGAGCACCAACUCCGGCCACGUCCCAGACGACUACGAGUCCCAAAUCCACCUAUGCCUGUUCAACCUGCGAAAGCUGAUCAUCGCAGCGGGGGCCGACAUCAAAGACAUCGCAAAGCUCAACGUCUACAUCGUCAACUACGACGCCGGCAACCGCAAGCAUGCCCGCCCCAUCCAACGUUUCUUCGGCAAGCACCGACCAGCGCAGACUCUUGUUCCUGUGCCCAAGCUUGCUGUCCCGAGCUGGUUGAUUGAGAUUGAUGCGGUUGUUGCACUCCCCGAGCAGCCUUCUAUCCCUCCGGCUCUCCCUGCUGCGACCGAGACUGCUGAUGUCGUGGUUAUCGGCGCCGGUCUAGCUGGACUUACUGCCGCGCAUGAAGUUAUUCGAGCCGGUCUGUCUUGCAUUGUCCUCGAAGCCCGAGACCGGGUUGGCGGAAAGACAUGGAGUCAGUCUACUGCCGAUGGAAAGGGGGUCAUUGACGUGGGCGCUGCCUGGAUCAACGAUACCAACCAGAGCAAGGUCUACGCGUUGGCGAAGCGGUAUGGCGCCGAGAUGAUCGUGCAGAAUACCCAGGGUAAUGCAGUGAUUGAAGAUUCUGAUGGGAAUGUGUCCCCGUUUGCGUAUGGGGAGUUGCCAAAUUUCGACGAAGCGACAAAGAAAAACGUCGCCGAUAUAAGAGACAUGUGCGAGGCAGACUGCCAGGCCCUGGAUACCUGGCGACCGAAGGACACAGUCCUCGAUGCCCUAACCUUCGAGGCAUAUCUUCGCUCUCGCGGCGCAAGCAAGACAGCCCUGGCCACAGCAACAGUGUGGACGCGCGCAAUGCUCGGUCUUGAACCCAGCGACGUCUCGGCACUUUAUUUCCUCAACUACUGCAAAUCAGGCGGUGGUCUGCUCCAGAUGCGCUCCGACCGGAAGGACGGCGGACAGUAUCUACGGAUCCGCGGGGGCACGCAGACAUUCGCAAAGGGCCUCGCCGGUUCUCUUCCCGACAAUGUCGUUCGUCUGAACAGUCCCGUCCAAUCUAUAAUCCAAGAGAGCGGUCGGACUGUCAAGAUCCAGGCAUCCGGUGUCGUCUAUUCAGCGCGGAAGGUCAUAACGACCGUCCCCGGCCCAGUCGUUAAGAAUAUCUCAUUCUACCCACCCCUCCCACCCGUGAAGCGCGCAUGGACCGAGUCGCUAUACUACGGGUACUACACCAAAGCGAUGAUGGAAUUCAAGGCUCCCUUCUGGAUAGACCGUGGGUUCUGCGGUCUCACACAGUCCUUCAUCGGUCCUGCCGGCGUUAUCCGCGACAGUUCCAUCCCGCAGGACCACAAGUUCGUCCUGACCUGCUUUAUGGGCGGCGAGCCAGGGCGCGCAUGGGCUUCUCUUUCCACCUCCGAACGAGAGAAGCAUCUACUAGCCCAGAUAAGCAAGCUCUACGGAGCCGAUGCGGAAAGUCAGUUUGUGCGCAUGACGGCGUACGAGUGGCCGAAUGACGAGUUUGCCGGGUUUGGGUGUCCCUGUACGUCGCUUCCACCUGGUGUAUUGGAUUCGCUGGGUGGUGAUGCGUUGAGGGCGCCGGCUGGCAAUGUGCAUUUUGCGGGCACGGAGACGGCGGGCGAGUGGAAGGGGUAUAUGGAGGGGGCUGUGAGGAGUGGGGAGCGUGCUGCAGAGGAAGUUGUUAGGGAUUUUAAUCCGCCUGUUGUUGCUAGGCUGUAGACGCCAUAGUAUCUAUAGUCUAAAUGCUAUUCUUUAUUG